UAAGAAGAGAGAGAGAGAGAAGGAGGGGCCUCCAUUCCCAAAUAUUGUGAUCUACGGGUGAGAGGGUGGGAGGGGAGAGGAGGCCUCUUCAUCCAACUUUAUCUCGGGUAGAGAGAGAGAGAGAGAGAGAGAGAUAGAGGGAGAAGAUGAUGGAGGGCAGCGCCGCUUCUUCCGCGGAGGAGGCUCAGCCUCUCCAGCCUCCCUCUGCCUCAGCUGGAGGUGCUCAACCUGGCAAAGGAUUUACCAAGACCUGCAAGGGUCUUGUUGUGGUACUUCUUGGAGGAUAUGUUUUGCUGCAGGUGUUUCCUUCAGCUAUCAACUAUCUCGCCCUUAUCCCCGCAAGGACAAUUCCAUUCGCAUGGAAUCUCAUCACUGCUGGUUACCUCGAGCAAGUUCUCCCAGGGGCAAUUGGGAGUUCCCUUGGCCUUCUGUUUUGCGGGAAGGAUCUUGAACCAGUAUGGGGCCGCAAGGAAUUACUGAGAUUCAUUAUUUUGGUUAAUUUCUUCACUUCCAUCUGCGCCUUUGCUAUUGCUAUAGCACUCUACUACAUUACAAGAAAAGAGAGCUUUCUUUACACCCCUCUUUCUGGCUUCCAUGGGGUUCUCGCCGGACUUCUAGUGGGCUUGAAGCAACUCUUACCAAAUCUUGAACUGCCCAUGUGCUUUUUCUGGAAGAUAAAAGCAAAGUGGAUGCCACUUUUUGUUGCAGUGUUCUCAAUCGUGAUGGCCUUCAUUGUACCUGAAUCUAUAAAUUUUCUCCCAACUUUAUUAGCUGGAUCUUAUGUGAGUUGGAUUUACCUACGAUACUUCCAAAAGAACCCUACAACUGGCCUUAAGGGAGAUCCAAGUGAUGAGUUCUCUUUUGCCAGCUUCUUCCCUGAAUUUAUGCGGUCAGUUGUGGAACCUGUUGCCUCAGUAUUUGACCGGGUUUGUUGUGGAGCCAGACCCUCUACUGAAGUUGGCGAGCACAAGUUGCCUGUUUCAGAGCCUAUUGAGGCAUCCAGGAGAAGAGAACGGGGAGAAAAGGUACUCGAAGAAAGACUUGCAACUGAGCAAUCUACUGCUGCAGGGAGCAUAGAAGUCACACUGCGCGGAGAUGCCGCUGCAAAUGUCUGAGAACUCUUUUGGGUUCUUUUACAUUAUACAGUCUACAGUUGGACUCCUUAAGCUACUUUGCAAUUGCAUGUGCUCUUUGUUCAAUAUCAAUUUAUCUUUUGACUUAUUUCGCUUCAUAUUUUGAAUUUUAGGCUUGUCAUUGAGAUAUAAAGAACAUUUUUUCAAGGUAUAAUGUAGAAAAUGCUGGGUUUAGUGUGUGUGUGUGUGUUUCUUUUUUUCCCUUUUCUUCUGUGGCUGUAUGAAUGACCACCUAUACCUGUGAAGAGUUGUGGUAUGAAUUUAAAGGAUGCAGAAUCAAACACCGCAAGCCCUAUGAGUGGUA